AUGUUGAAACCUGCCCAGGUGUUAGUAACCCUAGUGUCGCUUUUAUUGGCUUUUUCAGGCCAUUACUGCAGCAAUGCAGCAUCACCGUUACAAGUAGGGUUCUACCAAGGAAAAUGCGGCGCUAACGCCGAUGUGGAAGAGAUUGUAGCUGGAGCGGUCAAAGCACACUUCGCUUCAGAUCCAACAAUUACUGCUGCUUUGCUUCGGUUGCACUUUCAUGAUUGUUUCCUUAACGGUUGUGAUGCAUCAAUUUUACUGGAUGGAGAUGAUAGUGAGAAAACUGCAGAUACAAAUAUUGGCCUCAGGGGUUUUGAUUUCAUUGACGCUGUGAAGGAAACAUUGGAGGCGACUUGCCCUGGUGUGGUUUCUUGUGCAGACAUUAUUGCCUUAGCUACUAGAGAUGCCGUUGCCCUGGCCGGAGGACCGAUGUACAAGGCGGAAACUGGCCGGAGAGAUGGUAACGUGUCGCGAGCAGAGCUUGUGGAUGAGAACAUACCACCACCGGACAUCUCCGUCGCAGAAUCCAUCCAACUAUUUCAAAGUAAAGGGGUUGAUCAUGUGGACAUGACUUACCUUCUUGGUGCCCAUACGGUUGGAGUGGCUAAUUGUUCCUUCUUCCAAUACCGACUCUACGAUUUCAACGGCACCGGCCAACCGGAUCCGACCAUGAGCCCGGACCUAGUAACUUCCCUGAGAUCAAGAUGUCCAAAAGAUGCAACUUUUGAGAAUGCAGCCAAUCUCGAUCAGAACCGGACGAGUAUAUUCACUGUGGACAACUCGUACUAUAAUCAGUUGAAGAUGCACAGAGGAGUUCUUCAAAUCGAUCAAGAACUCACAUCCCAUCCCAACACAACGGGCAUUGUGGAUAUCGCAGCCGAAAGCACGACGGAUUUCCAAAAUCUUUUCAGUAGUGCCAUGGUUAACUUGGGGGCCGUCGAAGUUCUGACCGGAUCCCAAGGCGAGAUAAGGACUUUCUGCCGUGCCGUGAAUGCUAAAAAUUGA